CGCUAGCGUGAGCAACGACCGCUUUGGCGCUAGAGAGGCAGGCUUUGGGGUUGCCACGGAGUAGCCGGAGCCCAACUUCCGCUUCCGGCCACUGAGGCACGAGGAUCCGGUGUUCAUACCUAGCGGGAAAAUGCGGCCUUUAACUGAAGAGGAGACCCGUGUGAUGUUUGAGAAAAUCGCAAAAUACAUCGGGGAGAACCUUCAGCUGCUGGUUGACAGGCCCGACGGUACCUACUGUUUUAGGCUGCACAACGACCGGGUGUACUACGUGAGUGAGAAGAUGCUGAAGCUGGCCGCCAAUAUCUCCAGGGACAAGCUGGUGUCGCUGGGGACCUGCUUCGGAAAAUUCACCAAGACCCACAAGUUUCGGCUGCACAUUACGGCUCUGGAUUACCUGGCACCUUACGCCAAGUAUAAAGUGUGGAUAAAGCCUGGAGCAGAGCAGUCCUUCUUGUAUGGAAACCAUGUAUUGAAAUCUGGUUUGGGCCGGAUCACUGAAAGUACUUCUCAGUACCAGGGAGUGGUGGUGUACUCCAUGGCAGACAUCCCUUUGGGUUUUGGGGUAGCAGCAAAGUCUACACAAGACUGUAGGAAAGUAGACCCCAUGGCGAUUGUGGUAUUUCAUCAAGCAGACGUUGGGGAAUACAUACGGCAUGAAGAGACAUUGACUUAAAAUGAAGUCGUGAAGAAUUUUAACAGCAGUGUGGAAGGGCCUAGCUUUGUUUCCUGUGUCUGUGCAGAUGCUUCCAUCAUGUGGAAUUUUGUCAACACUGUGACCUCUACAAGGACUUCUUAGUUUAAUAUUCUGUCACUAAAAAGUGCAGGCUGGAUUCUUACUAUACAGAAAUGCCUCAGAAGUGGUUUCAAAUCUUUGUGUUUGUGACUAAAUAGAAUACUCUUACUCUAUAUUUGAAUCAUUUUUACAUUUUGAAUCAGAGGACUUCUUGUUCUGAAUGAUAGGUUCUAAAUCAUUGGAACUGAGGACAAGACUAGCUUAUCAUUGUUAUCUGUGAUAACAUCUUGUUUUGUAGGGUCAUGAUAACAUAGUGGAUUUUCUUUUUUGUAAAUAUCAUAAAAGAUAUUAGACUAUAAGAAUAGUACUCCAUGUCUCAGAUUUAACAAGUGGAAUUUGGCUGAAUUAGUAAGUUCCAUUUAUUCAGCUGUUUUUCCAUACAGUAAGUGCUGUAUGUGUGGGAAAAACACUUGCAUUCAAACCCUAAUUCUUCCACCUCCCAGCUCCAUGGCCUUGGAAGAGUCUUUCAACUUUAAUAAGUGUUUUCUUUUUCUGUUAAAAAAAAAAAAACAACCUUUAACCAUCAGCGUAGGGAAGUGGUUUUUAGGAUCAGAAAUCAUGAUUGUAAAGCAUCUACUACAAUGCCUAGCAAAUGUAGGUGUUGAAUAAAUGGUAAAAGCUAGUUUUAUAUUACAUAUUUCUAUUACUAAGCAUAGGAUCUUAGUGUAACAUGAUUAUAUUGUCUUGUUUCUUACAUGAUGUUUUUUAUGGUCUUUUUUCGUGGAUGGGAUGAUCCCAGGCUGAAGCGUUCUUUUCAUCACUUUGAUUUCAUAAAACAUGACUUAUGAACCCCUCUUUACCUUACAAGACUGAACCAAAAGCACUAGAGACCAUGAAAUUAUAAUUCAGCUCCUUCAUCCUUUCCCAUACUUCCCUAAGUUAUUUUAGAAUUUAUAAAACAUUUUUAAAAGAUAUUUCACUGCCAGAAGUUUUUCAAACUACCUGUAUUAUAAAACAAAACAAUUUCUUAGAUAUAUACUAUAUAUUAUUUUUAAUUCAAAAGUUUACAUCUUUAAAAAUAAAAUAUUUUCAGCUACAAAAAGGCAUUCUGCUAGCUCUUGUUAUUCUCAGCAAGCAAAUUUAAUGUUGCCCCACCUUUUUCAAUUUUCCGUCCCAGGGCUUUCUGUUAUCCCGUAAGUGGAAUCAUUGAAUGCUAAGGGACUAUUGUACAAUAAAUGGUAUUUUAAUCUUA